AUCACGUGGCCUACAGCGUCAUUGCGUCAUUCUUAAUAUUCAUGAGCGCCUUUUCCUCAAAACUGCUGCCUGAUUCAUUUACUGCAACUGCAAGUCAUCCGCUUCUUCCCGAAACAUCUUUACACGAGAGCCAGAAUGGUGAACUGCUGUGGUCUCGUGUCGGAGAAAAAUGUGCCAGUUCCUCUGAAGAGCAUCUCGGUGCAGCUGCAGGUUCGGGAUCACGGGGUCUCCGUCAGCUCCAGUCUUCAGUAUGUGAACGAGGAGGAUGGAGCGCUGGAGGCCGUGUUCGUCUUCCCGCUGCCGGCCGACGCCGCCGUCUGCCACUUCAGCGCCCGGAUCGAGGAGCAGGAGAUCGUGGCAGAGCUGCGGGACAAGCAGAGCGCGCGGGAUCAGUAUGAUGAUGCUGUGAGUUCGGGUCAGCAGGCGUUUCUGCUGGAAGAGAGCGAUGAGAGUUCAGAUGUCUUCAAACUGAGUGUCGGGUGUUUGUCUCCAGGACAGAGCGCCGUCAUCAACAUCGUCUAUGUGAUGGAGCUCAGUGUUCAGGCCGACCACGCACUCCGCUUCUGUCUGCCGGCCGUACUCAACCCCAGAUACACACCCACAGCUUCAGCUGCUGGUGUUCCAGAAGUUUCCUCAGCAUCUGUUAUUCCGUACACACUGUCUCUGAGUGUUGAUGUGAGAUCUUCAGAUCGCAUCUCCAGGCUUGAGUCUAGCUGCCCUCUGGAUCCUCUGGUGUUCCUCGACGCACACCACACACACGCCACGGUGAGUCUGAGUGCUGGUCACCGGUUCGAUAAGGAUGUUGAGCUGCUUCUGUACUAUGAGAAUACCCAUCAGCCCAGUGCUGUCGUGGAGGCCGGAGCAGCCACGGCUCAGCCAGGCUCUCUGAUGGGCGACCCAGUGCUCAUGAUCAGUUUGUACCCAGAGUUCCCUGCAGACGUGAUGUCAUCGCUGGCAUCUCAAGGCGAGUUUGUGUUUGUGGUUGACAGAUCCGGCAGUAUGGACUGCAGCAUGCAUAAUGGGAAAGACGCACAGAUGCGCAUCGAAAGUGCAAGAGACACGCUGCUGCUGCUGCUGAAGAGUCUUCCCAUGGGAUGCUACUUCAACAUCUAUGGAUUCGGCUCUCACUUCGAGUCCUUCUUCCCUCAGAGUGUUGUGUACAGCGAGGACACGAUGGAAGAGGCUCUGAAGAGAGUAAAGAACAUGCAGGCAGACAUGGGCGGCACAGAGAUCCUUCAGGCUCUGAAACACAUCUACAGUCAGAGCUGUUUCCCGGAUCACCCCCGACAGCUGUUCAUUUUCACUGAUGGAGAGGUGUGGAACACUAAAGAGGUGCUGGACCUGGUGAAAAGUCACGUUUACUCUCACAGGUGUUUCUCCUUCGGGAUUGGUGAGGGUGCGAGUACGGCUCUCAUCACAGGAAUGGCCAGAGAAGGUUCUGGUCACGCUCAGUUCAUCACAGGCACUGACCGCAUGCAGCCCAAAGUGAUGCAGUCGCUCCGGUUUGCUCUCCAGCCGGCCGUGGAUAAUAUCUCUGUGGACUGGAGCGUUCCCGAGGGCGUUACGGUGGACAUGCUGUCUCCCCCCAUCAGUGCCCUGUUCCAGGGUCAGAGGGCGCUCCUCUACGCUCAGCUGAAAGGACAGACGGACGAUCCACCAGCUGGCGGCCCGGUGUGUGCUGCGCUGUCUGGAGCAGGAGGAGCGAGCCGCAGGAGCCGACACACAGGCCCUCAGGAGCCGGAUCCUGGAGCUCAGUGUUCAGGCCGGAGUGAGCAGCGUUCACACAGCCUUCAUCGCUGUCAACACACACAGCAAACAGACCGUCACCGGCCCACUGCUGCAGAGGAGAGUGCCCGUACAGAGUGAGUCACUGGUGUGUGUG